UUUACUUAAACCCUUUUACAGUUUUGCUGUCAAACUCUCCAGGGAUUAAAGCUCGUAACAGCACAGUCAGGGUACAGGUGAAGAACAAAUUAACAGUUAUAAAACAGGAAUACUGGAGUUACCUGAAUGCCUGGGACCAUGGGAAAGAAGCUGGAUUUGUCUAAGCUGACAGAUGAAGAAGCCAAGCAUGUGUGGGAGGUUAUUCAACGGGACUUUGAUCUACGAAAGAAAGAGGAGGAAAGAUUGGGGGAGCUGAAGACAAAGAUCGAGAAGGAGGACACCAAGCGGGAGCUGCUGGGUUCCCAGCCCAGCCUUACAGAAUCCCACUGCAUCCGCUGCCUGCAGCCCUUCAAGUUCCUCGUCAACAGCAAGCGCCAGUGCCUGGACUGCAACCUCUACACCUGCAAGUCCUGCAGUCGCUACAACAAGAGGGAGCAGGGCUGGGUGUGCGACCCCUGCCGUAUGGCCAGAGUUGUGAAGAUGGGUACACUGGACUGGUAUCAUGAACAUGUGAGAUCUCGGUUUAAGCGAUUUGGCAGUGCCAAGGUAAUGCGAUCACUGUAUAAGAGACUACAUGGUGAUCAGAGUGCCUCUUCUGAUCAAAUAGGCCCCCGUGAUGAUGACACAUACAGCAUGCCUGAUAUACGAAAUGUCUAUGAUGGACGGGAAGAAGAUGAAGGAACCAUUGAUGCCUCAGAGGCACAGCGCUACAAACUGAUUCGAAAGACCAAACGUCUCCUCUCGGUUCACCCUCUUGAUUUUGAUCUGGACUCUGAGUACUCCACUCAGUCUCGACGCCAAUCUCUGCAGCACUCCGGCGGGGUGGAGGGGGUGACACGGCGGGAGUCAAUGAUUGCUGAGGCCGAUAUCGCCUCAGUCUUCCAGCAGAUUCUAGAGGAACAGGGUCAGCGAGGGGAUGAUCCUGAGCAGGAGUUCAGCACAGAGCUGCACCUUCGCAUCAACUCUCGCAAGAAGAGUCUGGAGAAGUCCUCACGCUCAGACGAGGGCCACUACACUGAGCAGCGAAUGAUCCGCACGCGCUCCUCUCCCAAGGGCAGUCCGUCGGGCACCUUCAAUGGGGCCCAGCGCUCACGCUACUAUGCUGACAUGGACACAUCAGAGGAUGAGCCCGAAGCUGUACCUCGCUUCCCCCUGUACCAGAGCCACCUGCCACCCCGUCGUCGAAGCCGCGCCUCCUCCCAGGAGAACGUGCAUCACGGUGCCCCGCAGAUCACUGAGCUGAACAAGCGUAUGUCUGCUAUUGAAAGUCUGCUCAGCCGACUGGAACAGAAAAUCACACUGCCAGUUGACCAGCUGGUGGCUGUGCCUGGAGGCCAGUCAGUAGUGGAUUUGGAGGAGGAGAAGCUGAGGAAGAAGUUGGGGGAGCUGACAGGGAACAUCAGCGACAAGGGGCUCUCCUCUGAUGAAGAUGAGGUCAAGAAGAGCAGCUUUGCCCAGGAAUCACUGCUGGGAAGGGCCCGGCACCAAGAUGCACUGGAGAAGAACGCACCACCUACAGAGGCAGUGAUGAGCUCCUCCAGUGAUGAUCUCCCCACCGAAGCCCAGAAGAGAUCAUCUGCCGCGGCUCUUUGUGACAUCACAACAGAGGCUCUAAGAACCAUAAAUGCCACUGAAAGAGCGUUGACCGAGUUGGUUCCGCCAAUGCCCAAAGACAGAUACCAGUUAAUGGGGACAGAUGUAAAGCAAGCAGAUGAGGCAUACAGAGAACUUGAGGAACAUGUAAGCAUAAUAUGCACAUUUCUUCUCCAAAUUCAGGCAAGGGGGGUGUACAUGACAGCUGGGAAGGCCUAUAACUUGGAGAAGAAGCUGAAAGAAUUGGAGGAGUGUGCCAAGAACCGCUACAGCGGGACCACAGACUCUGAGUUGUCUGAGCUGGAGGACAAGGUGGCGUCUGCAGUAGCCAAGGUCCAGCAUGCUGAGAGCGAGGUAUCAGAUAUUGAGUCUAGGAUUGCUGCCCUGAGUGCAGCUGGCCUGACUGUUGCCCCAGAGAAGAGCAAGAAGAAAUCCUAUGCACAGGGAUCAGCCAUGCCGCAGCCAAUACGGAGAAAACUGUCCCAUGAUAUCCCAAGUCAUGCUGAUGAGUUUUUACGCAAUUCAAUCUACAGAGGGUCUCUCACUCAAAGGAACCCAGUAUUUAAGCCUAAGCGUAACCCAAUGUCUGCGAAACCAGUAAUGGCUCAGCAUCCAUAAGGAAAAACAGCCUCCUGUAAUAGUCCUGUCUUCACUGCCACCCAGGAGGUGUGCUGUUCUUCUGGGUUGAAAAAAUGCAAUUCCUCAUCUACAGAGUAUUGGCCGACCACAAUUUGUCUUCUAUCACUGCAGAAAGGCCAGGGCAGCAUAAAGUCCUGCUGAGCACAUCAAGUUGACUAAGCUGCCAAUGCAAAACACCACAAGUGUUUGCAUUUAUUGACAACUGGAUUACUAGCCUAAACUGGCCAUGGUUGAGUUUUGAGUGUUUGCUUGUUUGUAUUAAAUACUGUAAUAAAAGUAAAGUGUUUUGCCACAUGUACUGUCACAUAAAUGACGUAGGUACCAUUCCACAGAACAAACACUAUCUAAAUGGCCUUGUUAACACCUUGUUUGAAAACUUAAACAGCUACAGCAUUCAAGUGAAUACAUCUGUGAGAAGCUUCAUUGUUAUCCCACAAAUAAAAAUAAAUAAAUUAGUGUUUAUUGUACACUGGUGAUACAUGCAUCUCCACUUAACAACAACAUUAACUAAUAUUAAAUUGAUCAGACGUAAUCUACUGUAUGAAAGGUCUUUUAACUUAAAGAAACAUAAUGCUGCGAAACAUGGACAUAAAGCAACAAAACAGACAGCAAUAGUGGACAUCCAAAUUUUAAUUCGUGCAGACAAGUUAGGUUGAAUGUUGCAAAAAAUUGAUAACACUCAUGCUGCUAAUCUGUUCUGGAAUAAAACAUUCAUGAACAAAUAGGAAGAAAAGUCAGUGUGCAGCAAUAGGCUUUUCAUUAUUUAGUCUAAGCAAAGUAUAAGCAAGUAAUCAUUUUAAGCUGUACACUCUUAUUUCUUUAUUUCUCUUAUUUCAAACAUUCUUUCUCCGUGAGAGCUCAGAGUGUAUGUUUCUUUGUAUUUUGCUUUGUGAUGCUAUGGUAGUUAUGAAGAAAUAAUUACAUCAAAUUGUGAGGAAUACUACUGUAUAUCACAUUACAAUACAUUUUUCUGCUUUUUGCAUUGUUCUUGUGCUUGUCUGCUAUUAUAUUUUACUAUAUAAAAUAAAAAUACGAGGUGAUGAAGAUUUAGUUAGUUCUCUUAUUUAAUGUCUUCUGGUCACAGUCUGUGUUCUACACUGCAGUGUUCAUUUUAUUUGCCUGACAGUAAUGGCAUUGCUUGUUCUAUACCUAAACAGUGUGUACUUUCAAAAAUAUAUUAAUUAAAAUAUUAACAUGGUAGUGUGUUUAAGAUG